AUGAAUAAUUUCAGUAGGUUAGAUCCAGACAUCAUCCAGACCUAUAUCCUUCCACGCCUCGAUGGGGCAGCCUUAAUGGCAUUGUCCUGUGUAUGUUCCGACCUUCGCCACUUGAUCUGCAACAACGAGGAAUUAUGGCGGAACAUUUGCACCUCCAUGUGGCCUUGCCUUCUGCAUCCAACCGUUAGCCACAUUAUCACCACUUUCCCUGGUGGUUACCGUUCCUUCUUCUCCGACGCGUUUCCUUCCAUUCACCAUUAUAAUCAAUCUCACUGUUUGUAUCGUCCCAUAAAUAAAUUGAUCCAUGCCAUUGAUAUAUCUUUACAUGGAGAGCCAAAGCCUUUGUUCACUAAGAUCCGAGUUCAACCUAUGAACAAAUUCACUAUAUACUCCAACGGUAAGAUUUUUUUAAGAGACUAUUCCUCUCUGGAAACUCAAAUUCCGGUAAAGAAAGAGAGAUGGGACAGGACGGAAUAUUUGCAUGAAAAUUUGAGGUUGAGUUGGGUAGUUAUCGACACAAUACAAAACCGUGCUGCAGGCUUGUUUCAUUCUAGUUGUAAACCUCUUUGGGUUAACCAGAUGUUGACGAAGAUUGAGGUGGGGUACUCCACCAUGAUGUUGGGGCAAAAAUGGCAGGUGAAUGUCACGUGCCGCUGGAAAGGUGGAGGAGAUCGGUUGUACGUGAGGAUUGUUGUGUUUGGAAUAGAGCAUAUGACCGGAGAACUGGGGAGGCAAGCUGGCAUUAAUCUCGUGAAUGCAAUUCAAAAUGGAGAGAGGAUUAUAUUUGAUUGA